AUGGAGGGGAGCAUACAGGAAGUAAGUCAUCCGGCGCCGCCGCCGCCGCCGCCACGGCAGCGCCAGCAGCAUUACCAGCAGAAGAUGCCGAUGGCGCUGUUCCCAGGCAGUCUGUACGUAUCCCCUGUGACCGUGGAGCAGUGGAAGUGGCUGGCUUCCAGGCCCGCAGCUCGCGACUCGCUGGGACUCAUCAACUGGCCUGCUGAGGGUGGCGGGGAAGGAGGCGACCGUUGUUUCACUCGCCUCGACUCGCUGGCCGCCUCCCAGCUCUCGUUGCCGCAGCGAUCAGUGCAAGACGGGCGUGUGAGCGUCCACUUCCCCUUGGCGACGGACAGGCUCCUCCAGCUCCAAUACCAGGACCACAUGCAGGAGAUUAGCAUGGCGAGGCUGCUCAAAGAUAUGGAUUGCCUGGGAGGGCACGUCUGCCGCAAGCAUUGCCUCGGAGACGAAGGUGCCUCGAGGCCGCUUGUGUUCUUGACGGUACUCUUGGACGGCCUGGUCAUCCACAAGCCGCUGCUGUUCGAUGUGGACGUGGAGCUCAUUGGCACAGUGCAACGAGCCGGCCGCAGCUCCCUCCACGUACAUAUCCAAGCUGUGCAGCACCAAGCUACUGCCCUGGAGGCUGGCCUCGUCUUCGUGGCCCGCGACAGGAUAACUGGCAAGCCAGCGCGGGUGAAUGCUCUUGAAGCCAGACGCGUGGAUGUGGAUGAUCACCACGAUCAUCACGCCGCGCCUGGAGCCUGGCAGCAACUUGUGGGAUGCAUGCUCGACGAGGGGCGGCAACUGCUGGCGGCGGGAAGCAAGGAUGAUGCUAGUGCUGUCUUGAUCCAGAGGACUCGACACCAAACGUGUUUUGUGGUGGAGCCUCAGCAGCUCAACUCGCAGGGAUCAGUGUUUGGGGGGGAGCUCUUGGCUGCAGCUUGUGGGCUGGCCAUGUGUACUGCAUAUGGCUUUGCCGCGCACUUUGGCCACGGCCGCAGUAGACCACGGCUCAAGCACGUAUAUCACGUCAAGUUCUUGGAGGGGGUGAGUGAGCUUGACGUUGAUCCUUCCUGGUGCUAA